UUUCCUCCUUCCCGCCCGCCCGUAGCUACCGCGCCCCGCCGGUACCGCAGCCCACAGCCGUGCCGCCCCAUUAAUAUCGCUCCUCCACCUGCACCCUGUCCGUGCUGCACCCCACGGUGGCUGCACCCCGUAGCCGGUGCCCAUCAGCACUGCGCCCAGCCCGUACUGCACCCCGCUGCAGCUGCACCCCGUGGCUGGCACCCUGUCACCGCCGCCCCCGUGCCUGCUGCACCCCACAGCGACUCGGAGCGGGGGUUUAGGUCCCCCCCAGGCUGCGACCCCGCAGAGGUGUCGGGCUGAGCGAAGGGGUGCGGGAGGACUCGGCUCCGGUCUGGCUGCGGUGUCCCGGCCCCCCCGCUCCCCCCGGCCGCUGGCGGGGCGGUGCUGCCGGCGCGGCGGGACGGCCCCGGCGGCCGCAGGAGCCUUCCCCGCCCGGCCGCGGCAGAGCCGGGGCCCCGCACCGCCGAGCAGCAGCGGCCGGAGAUGGUGCUCAUCACGCCAAAGCCUCGGACACCCUCGGCUAGGGAGCAGCCUGGCCAAGGAAGGCAGCGAGGGUUUGCAGUCUGACCUGCACAGCUGGUGGGGCGAUGAAGCUGAAUGAGCGGAGCGUGGCCCACUACGCCACCUGCGACUCGCCGGCCGACCACACCGGCUUUCUGCGCAAGCGGGUGGAGCGGCACCACCACCAUGGCACCUCCUACCAGCGCCGCUGGUUCGUCCUCAAGGGCAACCUCCUCUUCUACUUCGAGGAGCGGGAGAGCCGGGAGCCCAUGGGGCUGGUGGUCCUGGAGGGCUGCACCGUGGAGCUGUGUGAGGCUGCUGAGGAGUUCGCAUUUGCCAUCCGCUUUGAUGAUGCUGGUGCCAGGGCCUAUGUGCUGGUGGCUGACGGGCAGGCUGCCAUGGAGGCCUGGGUGAAGGCACUCUCACGGGCCAGCUUCGACUACAUGCGGCUGGUGGUGAGGGAGCUGGAGAAGCAGCUGGAGGAGGCCUGCAAGAGCUUGGCUGCUUGCCGUAAGUCUCCAAGGAGGUCCUCCUCUGGCAGGAAGAGGCAUCUCUCCAACCCUGCCUUGCAGCCUCUCCAGGAGAAGCCCACCACCCUGGAAAAUGGCUGCUCCACAUGGAGUAGUGGUGGUUGUGUCGCUGGUGGAGCCACCUCCCCUGACCAUGAUGGGGGGCAAACAAAGCCCCCGCCCCUGCCUCCACGCCGGCGCUCGGCCGCCAGCAGUGCCACAGGAUCCCCAGCACCUGGCCUCUCACCAGCCAUGCUGGAGAGCCCAGUGCCACCAGAAACCAUCUGCUUCUCCAAGCUGCACAACUGGUAUGGGCAGGAGAUCGCAGUGCUGAGACGGGAGUGGCAGGAGAGGCAGAAGAGGGGACACCCGUGACUGGGGGCACAGGACACAAGUCACUGGCCAGCUGAUGCCUGGAAGCCUGUCCUGCGUGCAGGAAGAGUAAAGUGAGGGACACUGCUUUCCCCCUGCCCUCCUGAAUGGCUGAGUGUGAUGUGUGUAUGCUUCACUUGGGAGGGACUCAAAUCUCUAAACCUCACAUUUAAUUUCCACGAGGCUUUAUACAGCCGGAGAGUGUGUAACACCAGGGGAGCCACCUUUACUUAAACUCUCUCUGCUGGAAAUAGGAGCUGCCCAAAUCAGCAAUGAACCUCAGCCAACAGGCUUGGCCACUUGCUGUCCUGACACAGCGGAUGCUCUGGGUGUUUCACCCCUACCUCUCCUUCACCACUUUUUUUUGUUGUUUUGUUUCUCAGUGUGGAAGUUUGCUUUUGGUCAGUACUUAUUACUGUCUGUGGUCUUGUGCCAAAGUCCUUCUGCCUUUGUUCUUUUGCUGCAGAUAAGGCUGGGCUCUUGUGAAGUGCCUCUGACAGGCCACUGGCCCUGGCGCGUGCCUCCAGCCUUGUGCCUCUCUCACUACAGGACGUGUGAGCCUCUGCAGCUGUUGCUGGCACAGCAGCUGGGGCUUUUGCAUAGUUUUUUUGCUUUCAUCUGCACUAACCCUUCUUUCAGCUAAAUCCUUCAGGAUGUGGAUAUCAUGGUCUUGCAACAGUCUCUUUAUGUGCUCAUACUCAGCAGCAAGCCUGAAAUGGAGACACAGAGCUUGACCUGAAGCCUCAGAAGGACACCAGGAGCACCCCAGAGCUCAUCUGGACUCUGUCAAUCGGUAACCAAGCCUGCUAAUAUCUCUGGCUCAAGGUUUCCCUGUUCCUAUACAGGGAUGCUCAAGCCUCUUUGCCUGGGCAGGAGUAAAUGUCUCAGCCUUUGUUUAGACCACAGCCCCUGCAAAAUGCCAUGGAGGGCUCAGUCAGCUCAUGGGGCUGCUUGCCCAGGAGAGUGUCCAGAGCCACGCUCCUGCAGGGCCUCUCUCAGUGCUGUGGCUCUGCCCAGCUCCUGGCAGUGCUGCGCAGUUGGAGGAGAGGCUUUGAAGGGUGGGGAGGGAGAGAGGCCUGGUUCAGGAGGAGAAGUGAAGGUGUGGGAGUGAGUUAUGGGUGUUGGCAGUGUCCAGGCUUGCCUCUCCAGUGUCACAGCCAUGUCGUUGCCUUCUACCAAGCCUGCACCCGGCCUGCUGGCUCUUCCCUCUGAUUCCAUGUCAGCAUUGCUGGGCUGAUCUCUGCAGCACAUCCUGUCCUCCCAGCGGGCUGGGAGGGCUGCAGGGAGGGCAUGCCUGUCACCUCACUGUGGAAACACACUUGUCCAUCAGUAGGUCACAAACCUUGGCCACAAGGCACACGGUACAUGUAGGUGGGUGCCAAGCCCAGGGACUAGAACACCCUUGGGAUGGGGUUUAAAAAUCUCCCUUAUCUAGUUGCUUGCUUCCCAUCUGAAAACAUUUAAGCUGUUUUUAUUGUCCUUUUUUAUUGAAGAGCUUUGCUAGGAAAGCAAAAGCCCAUUUCAGAUCAUGACUGGCUGGAACCUUUCUGGCCUUAAAUACACUCAGCUUCCUACUUUGCAAUGGCCUAUAGAGAUAGCCAAUGCAGAAAUGAAAUUAAUUCUGUUAACUCUUGGUGCCUUUUAAAAUAUGUCUCUGGUAGUUUUGGAUGAUGAGCUUCCAGCCUCCUGCCUAAUUAUAGCUCAAUGGUGUAUUAGAGGAAAUCAGAUCUUAAAUUAGAUCUUACAAAUGACUUUGGGCAGUGAGAAUGUAACCUUCACUUGGGAGUAACACAAUCCAGUCCUCUCCAGUUCAUGGUUGUAUUACUUCACAGCAAGGGUCUUCAAAUUUGGGACGAAUCUUUUUCUUCAGCUUUUGUGAAAAUAUUUCAGAAAAAUUGGGAGCAGGUGGCCAUGGGGCAAGGCCCUGGCUUCCUCAGCAGCUUAGCUGGUUGGAUGUAGGGGCCAUUUCUGCCUCCCUAUCCUGCUGCUUGAAAAGUUCGGUACUGCAGCAUUCCUGGCUGCAAAUGUGUCCCUUUUCCCAUGCCAGGACAGCAGCACCAGGGGAUUGCACUACCUGGUGCCUCCUUGCUCUGAGCAUGGGUACUUUGGGACCAAGGUCAAAUUUGUUAAGCCUUUUCCUGUGGUUAUAUUUUUUUAAUGUAAUACAGAGAUAAUAUUCCUGAUGUCUCAGAUUAACAUAAGGCAGAUUGACAGUAAAGACCCAACUUCCAAAACAAAUCAAAAUGUGGUGGCAGUUCCUACGUGAGACCCAAGAAUUGGGAGUGACUUGAAAGGGAAGAUAAAUUAACAAAGCCAGUUCUGUCAGAACUGAAUCUGAGACAGUAUUAUUCAUUUAAGGGCAGUUUCACUUUUAAGAAGCUUAGUGUGUUUUAAUAAGCCAGGAUUGUGCUCGUAACACUACUAAAGAGCUUAUAUUUAAUGCUUUAAUCUGUCCCAUUCAAACAGCACAAUUUCCACGCUACCUACCUUUGCGUUAGCCCAUAUCCCAGUUAAAUCCCAAAUCCUGCAAAUGAGGCACUGCGCUCUGCUUCCCAUCUCAGUGUGUUUGGAAUCAUUCUGUGUUUUAUUCUGCAGUGCUGACAAGAAAAUGGCUGAAUCCCGAUCCACAUUUAUGCUCAGCCCAGCCAUCCAUGCCUGGGCCUUUGGAUGGGCUUGAUCAGGGUUUCCUCACCCUCCCACUGUUGUAGCAGCCGGGCUGGAGCCUUGCCCAAAUUUGUGUAGGAGUACAGGUUUUUUAAUGAUCACUGCCACUUGCUCAUUAGGCAGGAAGCACCUGAGUGCUGCCCUCCCUCCUCAGAGACGGGGCUGUGGAGCCAGCCCAGCUGAGUUGCUUGUGCUGGCAGUGCCUUUGAAGCAGCCCCCAGGCAGGAGGUCAGGAUUUCAGCUUCCUGGGGUUGAACAUUCAGCUGGCUAAUGGAGCAGCCUGUCUGUCUUCCUGCAGGCAGAGGUUGUUACAGCAAAGGCAGGGAGUUUUCAUUGCACAUUGUCCCUGGCAGCAAAAUAAGGCUGAUUGCCACCCAGGGUUUUUCUCCAGUCGUUCAAGUUUGGACUGUUUGAUCUCCUGCCUCCACUUUCCCUUUUUAGUUUUAAAAGUAGAGAAUGUCUAUCUAAACAGGUUCCUAGGCAAAGGGGGAGCUGAACACUGAUGUUGAAUGGGUACUGUACUUAAAGUACUGAACUAAGAUCCUUUUCCAAGAGUUUUCUGUAGUGCACAAGCAAUGAGAGGAAGGUACUGAAAUUUAAAAGAAAUUGAAAGAGGAAGGGCAAUUCUGACAUGGCCUGCUAAAAUAGUUGAUUUAGUCCUUACAUUUUUCUGAGGCUAGCAUUUCAUAUUUGAGCCCGUUUUUUGGCCACGGGGUGGACAAUCAUGACCAAGAUCAGGCGUUUUGUACAGUAGCUACUGCACUACCAGUGCCUGGGGGAGCUACCCCUCAGUGUUACCUCUCUCGGCUGCCUUUGCAGAGAAGCUGAAAGAAAGCCCCACUGCAAGGCACGGGGCAUCUUUCACCAGCAGCACCAAACUCGUGUUCUCUCCACACAAUCACCUGGAAAACACUACGAGCGAAUCCUGCCUUUCCAAGUGCUUCAGUUUUAGGUAGGGCCUAUUCCCUGUUUUAGGAGAUGGUUUUGCAUGCGCCUGUUUUACACGCGGAAUUUGUAUUAUACAUUACAUUACAUUGUUCAGAGUUUGUUUUACACGCGGAACUUGUAUUACGCAUCCCAUUACAUUGUUUAGAGUUUGUAUUUUAUGUCGCGAAGCCGAAUAAACCGGUUCGA